AUGAUAGGGGUCGCAAAAUGGCUAUACGUGGCUGUGACGACGUAUUUCCACAGAUUGAGCCCGGUUAGCCAUGACUAUCCCAUGUUGGUCACAAGGGAUAAUGGCACGAAUGGGAGUGUGUCGUCGCCUAUCACGUUGACUGUUCAGGAGUCUGCUGGGAAUCAGUCUAGUCCGCUGCUUUAUGGGGUUAUGUUUGAGGAAAUGGACCAUUCAGGUGAUGGUGGCAUUCACGGGCAAUUGCUCCAGAACAACGGCUUCCAGGGAGACAAUCCUAGCUUAACUGCAUACAAGCCCAUCGGGGAUGUCGACCUCAUGCAGGACAUGAUCAACCCAGUCAGCAGUGCCAUCACCUCUUCUUUGCAGGUAUCUGUAAACUUCGAAGCAGAUGGAUUCGUAGGGUUUGCCAAUACAGGGUACAAUGGUAUACCUGUGAUGAACGCCACGUACUCAUGCGAGUUCUGGAUGAUGGGUGAUUACUCAGGAACCAUUAUGCUACAGCUUGCUGGGUCAACAAAUGAUACUAUAUAUGCUUCGCAUAAUAUUACUGUCAAGAGCCUGUGGGGAAAGUUCACGCAUUAUCAAACCUCGUUCAAUUCCAGCGCGUCUCCUGAUGGUGACAAUGAGUGGCGCCUGUUGUUCAAUGGAUCGAAGAUGGCUGGCGGGACGCUGAACUUUGGGCUGGUGCAACUAUUUCCGCCUACGUAUAAGUCAAGGUCAAAUGGGCUACGGAGCGAUGUUGCGACGUUCCUAGAGAAAAUACGUCCGUCUUUUCUCCGGUUCCCAGGUGGCAAUAAUUUGGAAGGACUACAGAUUGACAGCCGGUGGCAGUGGAACCUAACUAUCGGGCCCGUCGUUGAUCGUCCCGGGAGAGAGGGCGACUGGUUCUACCCAAAUACCGACGCGCUCGGCCUGGACGAAUAUCUCUGGUGGUGCGAAGACAUGAACAUGGAACCCAUCCUCGCCGUCUGGGACGGCAAAUCAUACGGGGGCAUUGUAUCCGGCGACGAACUCCAGCCGUUCAUCGACGACAUCAUGAACGAGCUCGAGGUAUGUCCCCCAUCAAUCACUACUACCCUCCCCAGCUGA